AUGCUCAUAUUUAAAAGUUUGGUAAAAUUUAAAUUGAAUUUAAGAAAUUAGAAUGUAUGGUUUAACACCUUAAUUAUCUUUUUAAGAUUAAUAGAAGAAAGAGUGGGUAAAAGAAAAAGAAAAAAAGAAAAAUAAAAUAAAUAAUCAAAAAAUAAAUAAAGAUAUUUUUAAUAAAGUUAAAAAAAAUUAAAAUAGGAUUCGUUCAUAAAUAUAAUAAAUCAUAAUCAAAUAAUAGUGAUGGAGCAAGAUAAAUAAGAAAAUUAACCUACUGUUCCUGAAGAGGAAAAGAAACAAGUUUAAGAAGCCUAAUAAGAAGUUCCUACUGAAAAUAACACUUUAUUGUAGACUAACUAAUGGUAAUUCUGGAAUACUUAGCCAGUUCCCAAGAUGGAUGACCCUUUUCCUGAAAAUUCUGGUCCUAUCGACGUCAUUAAAAAGCCUGAAGAUGUCCAAAAAGAACCUUACAACCUUCCUGCUGGUUUUGAAUGGUGCAAUCUUAACUUGAAGAACAAAGAUGACCUUGAUUAGCUUUACACAUUAUUAGUCGAAAACUAUGUUGAAGAUGACGACAAUAUGUUCAGAUUUGACUACUCAAGAGAAUUCUUAAGAUGGGCUUUGUCUCCCCCUGGAUAAUACGAAGAUUGGUUAGCUGGUGUUAGAGUUACAAAAACUAAGAAAUUAGUAGGCUUUAUUUCUGGUAUCCCAGUCCAUAUGGUUUUGCAAAAGAAGGAUAAUAUUAAAAUGACUGAAAUCAACUUUUUGUGCGUUAAUAAGAAGUUGAGAUCUAAGAGAUUAGCUCCUGUUUUAAUUAAGGAAAUUACUCGUAGAGUCAACAUCAAGAAUAUGUGGUAAGCUGUUUACACUGCUGGUGUUCUCAUUCCUAAACCCAUUUCAAUUGCUUAAUAUUUCCAUAGAUCUUUGAACCCCAAGAAACUUAUUGAAAUUAACUUCAGUAGCUUAGGUAAGAAUUAAACUAUGGCUAGAGUUCAAAAGCUCUACAAACUUCCUGAAGAGACCACUAUUUAGGGAUUAAGACCUUUCACUAAAAAAGAUGCUGCUGCUGUUACACCUUUGCUUAACAAGUAUUUGGAAUAAUUUGAUUUAUAUCAUUCAUUCUCAGUUGAAGAUGUCAAGCAUUACUUUACCCCAGUUGAAAAUGUUAUUUAUUCCUAUGUUGUUGAAAGUUAAGAUAAGUAGAUUACUGACUUCUUCAGUUUCUAUUGCUUACCUUCUACUAUUAUUAACCAUCCUAAACAUAACUAACUCAGAGCUGCUUAUUCCUACUACCACUUCUCAACUGCUACUCCUCUCAAGGACCUUAUUUAUAAUGCCUUGAUCCUUGCUAAAAAGUAUGACUUCGAUGUCUUCAAUGCUCUUAAUUUAAUGGAAAAUACUUAAUUCCUUGACGAACUUUUGUUCAGCCCUGGUGAUGGUAAUUUACAUUAUUACUUAUAUAACUGGAGAUUAUCUGAAUAAUUCAAGCCCUCUCAACUCGGUAUGGUUCUCGUUUGA